AUGUUGUACCAACAUGUGCUUUUGGCUAAUCGUCUUCCACAUCGUGCAGUCAAUCUCCUUAUAGACAUUUUGAUCGACAUGAGGAAAUACCUCCUUAAUAGUCGACGCCUUAAACGGCAUAUACAUUUCUUCUGUCGCGUUGCAAACAAGACAAAACGAAUCGAUCCAAAUCAUUUCUUGGCGUCCAUUCUAUUUUUCUUUAUAUUACUCUCUAUCCAUCUUUGCUUUUCCACUUCGUUCUUUCUUUCGAGUUUAAUUUUCGACUUUACUCUUUUUCUUCUUUUAUUUUGUUCUUUCUUUCUUUCUCUCGAUUUAAAAUUUUCGAUUUUUUCUUUCUUUCCUUAUGGCUUUUUCUUCUUUCAUUCUUUCUUCUUUGAAUUACCGCCUCUCACUCCUUCAUUAAUAAUAGUCUUUCUUUCUCUCGCUCUACCCGUUCUGAAUCUUUUAUCCUUUUUUCUUUCUUCUCUUCAAUUUUUCUGCCCCCUCUCCUAUAUCAUCUCCCUCCCUCCCUCUCUCUUUCUCACUCUCAAUCUCUCUCUCUCUCUCUCUCUCUCUCUCUCUCUCUCUCUCUCUCUCUCUCUCUCUAUCUCUAGGAAGAUUAAUGAAAAAGUAUAA